GCCCUCAUAUAUCUUUAAAACCUCACCUUGUGCCACCUUCCUCUAAAAAAAGAGAAAUGUUAAAAGUUAAAACGUAGUGGUAUGGUGCCACUUGUUGACUUGAACCAAAGCUCUUCAAUGACAUGCUUUAUCCUAAGAAUAUUGGUAUUUUUUUUAUUUAAAUACAUAUAAAAAUAUUUAUUAAUACUAUAAUAUUGACGAUUUGUUCACGCUCUGAAUUUUAAGUUCUUUGAAAACUGACGCUCUGACGUUCCCGCUCUCGCUCCCGCUCUCGCUCCACGCUCUGGUUACCUAACUUAUACCCCUCCAAUUUACACUCCCUACACUUUCCACCUCAACUUGAAACAUAGUAUUCAUGUUCACUUGAAAUUUUUUUUAUAUUCGUUAUUGACUUUAAAUCUGUAUUUAAUUGAUGGUUAAUAGUCGUUCAAUUCUAUUAACUAAAUCUUAGAUGGAAGUCAAUAAUGAUGUUUGACUGUGACUUAAGUAACUGAUAUGUCAAUUAAAAAGUUAAUAAUAAUUAAAUAUAAAUAUUUUAAAUUUCCACCACAUCACUCCAAUCCCCAACCACAACCAGUCCCUCUGUCCUUCAGAUGAAGUUUCCCAUUGGUUGUCAGAGUGAUCACAACUAUAAGGUUGUCGCCAUUACUUAUUCUCAAACUUUGAUUAUAUAUUGUUUUGACAUCGAUUACAAACUGUAGUGAUGAACUAGCCUCUUGUCAGUGUCACGGACAAUCAUAUGAAGCGAAUAAAUAACCAUAUAAGGUUGUCAUACCGGUUUAUACCAUUGCACCGAUUUAGCAAGUAGAAUGGUUCUACCGGUGGUACAACCGGUUUGUGCCGGUUCAUGCCGAUUAAUAAAAUAUGUUGAAAUGUCAAAAAAUAUUAAUAUAAAAUGAAUUUAAUCAUAUAUAAAUCAUAUUUGAAGAUAAUUUACGUACAAUUCAUAUUGAUAUUUAAAUAAAAUGUAAUCAAAUAAAAUUACUUGAACUCGUAUUCAAAUUCACUAAAACAACUUCAUUUUAAUUAGAAAUUCGUAAAUUGAUCAUCCCAAUCAUACUGGUGAUAUCAUGUUGGUUUCAUAACCGACAUCGGUUAAACCAAAUUCAACCGGUGGCCAGUGGCGGAACCAGGGGGUGGCCACCCCGGGCCCCGGCCCAGCCCUCCUCUGGAUCCAUAGUUAGUAUAGGCCUUAUGAAUUUUUCGAUUUUAGAUAUUUGUAUCGUUGUUAUUUUAAAAUAAGAUUGGGUAUAAUUAGAAAAAUAAUUCAGAUGAACAUAUUCAAAAUCACUACUCUAAAUCUAGCUUAUAAAUUCUAACCCCAAAGGUUAUUCGUCUAAAAAAACAAUGAAACCUAAAAAUUCAAAAGUUUAAAACGUAAAAGAAUAAAACAUAUAUGAGGUUUGUUAUCUUGGAAAAUUUACUAGAGCAGCUGGUGGAUAUAGGGAUGGAAACACAAUGCAAAUUGAUUAGUAGAUUGAUUUGUCUAGUGUUAAUGCUGCUCGUUUCAACAGCUAAUACGAAUAGAACCUUUUCAACAACAAAACAUGUGAAAAUUGAUUUGCGCAACAAAAUGAGCGAUGGAUUUCUAGUCGAUUGCUCAAGUAUUUUAUUUGAAACAGUGUAUACUAUUGGUAUGGAUGUGGACUCCAUUAUUAAUGCAUUCGCUAAAUUAAAAUACCGUCGUGUACAAUUUACAUUGUAAAAAAAAUUAUAAUCAUUAUAUUUUUUUAAUAUUCUAAUUUUCUAAUAAAAUGCGGUCCAGUGUACUUCUGUGUUCUGGAUCCGCCGCUGCCGGUGGCAUACGUGCCGACGUGACAACCAUUCUACAGAUCAUUUCCAUCGGCAGGUAUCGUGCGACUUUCUUUACAAGGCCCACCCAAUUACUAAAAACAAGAAACGCUACCAGGCCAUGCAUGGCAAAAGCUCAUGCAUGUCCAAGUGCAUGCAUAUUUAAAUCAUGAUGCAUAUUGGCCGCAACUGUUGGUUGCAUUGCAUGCCCACAUCGGGUGGUGAACUGGUGAUUCAAGACGGUUAUUUCGGGAUUUCAAGUGAUGUAUUUAACUAAAUACAUUGAUGUCAAGAUUAAAUAUGUCUAACUAUAAUCACUUAAAAUGAGUGAUUAUCAAUCUCUAUCAAAAGGUAAAAUUGUUAACAAAGAAUUGUCUACCAAACUUUUUUUUUAUAACAAACACGCAAUUUAAAUCUCCAAACAAAGUAUUUUCCAAAUUUAUAUAUUUAAUCAAUGUAUCAAAUCACAAAACACAAUUGUUUAAAUAUAUCUAUUUGGAGAAUCUAUACCUCCAACAACCCCUGAGAUUAGUAAAUUGUUUUUCUGUUUUUCACUCAAGGAUUUUUUCCCUUUAUAAUUCAUUGAUGAAUUUAAAUUUCUUUUAUAUGAUAUUUACCGUUAAAUAGCCGUAGUGUCAAUUAAAAAUUAGGGUGUGCCUACGGUGACAUGCAUGUCACGGUGACUUGCACUUUUCGGUCGACUUCAUUUAGAAUUCGAUCGACCUCAUAUAGGAUCUGGUCGACCUCAUUUAGGAUUCGGUCGACCUAAUAUGUUGUUUCAGUGUAAAAACAGUUCUUGGUGCCUACUUUGGAUAUUCAUAUCAUACAAUUGGCUAGAUGGAAAUUGAAGACUAAUGACUUGUUUUGAAGCUGGAGUGUCCCUCUACAUAUUGAAGUGAUUGAGAGCUCGAUAGGAAGUCUAGAAGACCAUUUUUGAACCUCAUCAAAAGGCUAUGCCAAAACUGGGAAACUACCUGGAAAUGGCCAAGUCUGGAAACGUGUUUGUGAAGCCUAUUUUGGAGCUCAAUUCGAGAAGCAUGAAUGCGAGUCGAGUCCAGGAGCCUCUACCACAUUAAAUUAGGUAUGUUUUUAUACAAAUUCAAGGCAUUGGAUGAAAGAUUGGAUAUAUGUAAGGCUUCAAACAAAAGGGUCAAAGUUGCUACAAAUGCUGUUUUUCUGGCAGACUUCGAGCACAAGCAAGCUGCCAGAAAAACAGCAUUCGUAGCAACUUCGAGCCUUUUGUUUGAAGUCUUAAAAAUAUUCAAUCUUUCAUCCAAUGCCUUGCCUUUGUAUAAAAAAACACGUAAUUUAACGUGGCAGAGGCCCCUAGACUUGACUCGCAUCCAUGCUUCUCAAAUUGAGCUCCAAAGUAGGCUUAACAAACACGUUGCCAGACUUUUGGUCAGUUUCCCAGUUUUGGCAUAGCCUUUUGGUCAGGUUCAAAAAUGGUCUUUUGGACAUUCUAUUGAGCUCCCAAGUACUUUAAUGUGUAGAGUAACACUUCAGCUUCAAAACAAGUCUUUAAUCUCCAAUUUCCAUCUAGCCAAUUGUAAGAUAUGAAUCUCCAAAGUAGACACCAUGAAACUGUUUUUACACUGAAACAACAGAUUAGGACAUUAGGUCGACUUAAUCCUAAAUGAGAUCGACCGAAAAUUACAUGUCACCGUAGCAAAGUCCUAAAAAUUAAUAAAAACGAAAUAUAAUUAUCUUAAAUAUCCACUCCAUCACUACCGCCCCACCAUUGGCAAUAUCUCGCAAUAACCGUAUCCUUCGAGUCUCGUUAUAAGAACCAUAUCGUUCCUUCACCAUCCAAAAACCCUUACAACUCCUGCUCAGCCUCCUCAUCCUAAAAGCACUCCCUCAGGCUACAAAAGUGGGAUCAGAGCUUUCUGUAAUCGAGAGGUCUUGUGUUCGAUUCCCUGAUGACCCCAUUUGCUAAGCACAUGGUAUUCAAACCUGUACUAACUUCAAUAAUCGGACUAAUGGCUGGUUGUUCAUUGCUGGCUUGGAUGGUGCGGAAUAUGGAGACGAACUUUGGAUGCUAGUUGCCAAAUAAUUAGAUGAUUGGAAA